AUGUUUCAUACAGCUUUCUUUCAUCAGAUGUUUCCAAAUGAACACCUCCAGAUUAUGGGGAUCCUCCAGUUGUUGCUACAUUUUAAGUGGACCUGGGUUGGGGUGAUUUGUCAAGCAAAUGAGAUUGGUGAAAGAUUUUUGAGGCAAGUUCUGAUCCUGUUUUCAGAAAAAGGAAUCUGCUUUGAUUACAUUGAAGAGCUUGUGCUAGAAGUUUUCUCAAGUGAGCUGGAAGAGAAAAUGGAUAACUUUCUUAAAAUAUACGAAACCAUGAUGACAAGUUUGUCCAAUGUGGUGGUUAUGUAUUGUGAAAACCAGAUCAUGGUUCUUUUCAGAAUGAUGUCCUCUGUUUCAGAAUAUUUAGAUACACGAGUUGAGCGAAAAGACAAAGUCUGGAUUUUUCCAGCCCAGAUGGAGUAUACUUCAGUUCCAUUUCAAAGAGAUUGGAGUAUGGACAUCAUCCACGGGGCUCUUUCUUUUGCAGUUUCAUCAAAAGAAUUAUUAGGAUUCAAUAGAUUUUUUCAGGCAAGAAACAGUGUUAUAGAAAUUGAAGAGAGUUUUUCGAAGAUCUUUUGGGAACAAGCCUUUGGAUGUUUCUUCUCAAAAUCCACUUUAAGCCCAGAGCCGGAGAAACGGUGCACUGGAAAAGAGAAUCUGGAUGAUCUUCCAGACUCUGUUUUUGAACUGAGCAUGACUGGGCAAAGCUACAGUAUCUACAAUGCAGUCUAUGCUGUGGCACAUGCUCUCCAUGCAAUGCUUACACCCCAUUUCAAACACAGAGCAAUUGCUGCUAGAAGGAAACAGAAGCUUCUCAAUCCUCAAGUGUGGCAGUCUCAACCUCCUUCUUUGUGCAACAAUCCCUGCGCCUUGGGUUACAGUAAGAUCAAAAUAGAAGGGAAGCCAUUUUGCUGUUACAAAUGCCUUCGUUGUCCAGAAGGGAAAAUUGCCAACCAGACAGAUUCAGAUGACUGCUUCCCGUGUCCUGAAGAAAGUUAUCCCAACAAGGAUCAGAUUGUUUGCAUAAAAAAACGCACAACUUUCUUGUCUUACAAAGAACCCCUGGGAAUCAUCUUGACCACUGUUGCUUUCUUCUUUUCUUUCAUAUCAACUGUGGUGUUGGGGAUCUUCAUUAAACACCAGGAGACUCCCAUUGUCAAAGCCAACAACAGGAGCCUCACCUACAUUCUUCUCAUUGCUCUCCUGUUCUCUUUCCUUUGCAUUUUGCUUUUCAUUGGGCAACCUAACCAAGUAAAAUGUCUCUUGAGACAAGCUGCUUUUGGCAUCAUUUUCUCUGUGGCCCUUUCUUGCAUAUUGGGCAAAACAAUCAUAGUGGUUCUUGCUUUCAUGGCAACCAAGCCAGGCUCUAAAAUAAGGAAAUGGGUAGGGAAAAGAUUAGCCAACACUAUUGUGUCAUCUUGCUCCCUGGUACAAAUCACCAUUUGCAGUGUGUGGCUGGCAAUUUCUCCCCCAUUUCCAAAUUCAGACAAGCAUUCCAUGGCUAGAGAAAUAGUUCUGGAAUGUAAUGAAGGUUCAGUCAUCAUGUUUUAUAUUGUGCUAGGAUUUAUGGGGUUCUUGACCUUUAUCAGCUUCACUGUGGCCUUCCUAGCCAGGAAAUUACCAGAUAGCUUUAAUGAAGCCAAAUUUAUAACUUUCAGCAUGUUUGUUUUUUGCAGUGUCUGGAUGUUGUUUGUCCCCACCUAUCUAAGCACCAAGGGAAAGUACAUGGUAGCUGUAGAGGUCUUCUCCAUUUUGGCUUCUGCAGCUGGAUUAUUGGGUUGCAUCUUUUUCCCCAAAUGCUACGUUAUUGUUCUGAAGCCUGAAUUGAACAGAAAGGAGCAACUGAUAAAAAAACAAAAAUGAACGCCAAGUUUUAUUGUUACUUAUUGAGUAAGCUUCUUACUAAAUCAAGCUUCAUUCUGAUGAACUGCUUACAAUUUGCUAAAGUCAGCUUUAACUUUAAAUUUCUCUUAGCAUUUAAAAGAAUAAUUACUUCCUCCAACUGGAGUUUAAAUGAAACAUUACAGAAAGAAAAGUAAUGGAAAAUUAGGGGGGAAAAGGUGUUUCUUUUUUUACAAUAAUCUUAAUAAAGAUGCAGAUAUAAGAAUGAUUUAGAUGUAAGAAUGGAAAGAUGUACUUUUAUGAGAGGACAUUUUAUACAACUUAAUAGAAAAUUCAAAAGAGAGAGAGAGAUCAGAAUACACAAGUGAUUUUAGAUCAGAUAAAAACAAAAGGAGAAGAAUUAAAGAAAUCCAUUGGGAGGGGCAGGGGGGAAAGUCAUUUCACACCAAAUUAAACUCCUUCAAUAGCAGUUGCCUAAAAUGGAGGUAAAAGUGGUUUAUGGAAAACAAAAGAAUUUCAGUUUGCAAAUUAGCUAGCAAAAUGGUUGGCAUAUAAAUUGAGGAUCAAAAAAAAGAGAAAAACUAUUAAAAUUGCAAGAUGGAAUACCAUAAUAAUGAAUCUGUCAGUCAUGGAAGCCAUCUUUUACUUUGGAUCUUCAGAGCUGCCACACUUAGUGCUGUGGGAAACUGGGAGAGGGGAUUGCAUGGAAUUGUAGGGAUAACUAGCCAUAAUAACAUUCUUUUCUCUGAGAGCCAAGGACAUUUUGCUGUGCACCUGGAGUGGUGUGACUGGGAGGCAUCUCCAGUUGGGACGGUGCAUUGAUUGGACCAUGUGAUGGACAUGUGGGUGCUGGGGCAGGGGCUUGGACUUUCUUUUGGGUGGGGAAAACCUGGAAGCUUUCAGAUCCAGGUUUUCCCAGAUGUGCCAAUAUGACAUCUCUAUUAAAAUGGAACUUUGAGGAACUUCUAG